CCAUCACAUUAUGAAAUAUCUAGGGUUUUUCAUUCUUGUUUCAGCAACUCAACCCUAACAAAAACCCUAGCUCGCUCGCUCCUCUCUCAUCUCUGACCUUCGAAAACUCUCUGUAAAUUAGCCAUGCCGAAGCAUUACCGACCUCCAGGAAAGAAAAAAGAAGGAAACGCUGCAAGAUACAUUACCAGAUCACAAGCAGUUAAGCACCUCCAAGUUAGUCUGCCCGUUUUCAGGAGAUUAUGCAUUCUCAAAGGUAUCUUUCCCCGGGAACCGAAGAAGAAGGUGAAAGGAAAUCACCACACUUAUUAUCACAUGAAAGAUGUUAUGUUUCUUAAGCAUGAGCCAUUACUUGAGAAGUUUAGAGAUAUGAGGGCAUAUGAAAAGAAAGUAAAGAAAGCUUUGUCAAAGAAGAACAGGGAUCUUGCUGAACGUCUAUUGACUCGCAAACCUACUUACACCCUUGACAUGCUUAUUAGAGAGAGGUACCCUAGUUUCAUUGAUGCAUUAAGGGAUUUGGAUGACUGUCUCACCAUGGUACAUCUUUUCGCUGCAUUACCUGCUAUUGAGAGGGAUAAGAUUGAUGUGAAGCGUAUCCAUAAUUGUCGAAGGUUGAGCCAUGAAUGGCAGGCCUAUGUAUCUCGCACUCAUAAAUUACGGAAAACAUUCAUAUCUGUAAAAGGCAUAUAUUACCAGGCUGAGGUUGAGGGGCAAAAGAUCACUUGGUUAACUCCUCAUGCAUUGCAGCAAGUCUUGCCCGACGUUGUUGAUUACAAUAUCAUGCUUACUUUUUUGGAAUUUUAUGAGACUCUUCUUGCUUUUGUGAACUUCAAACUUUAUCAUUCAAUAAAUGUGAAGUAUCCACCCAUUCUUGAUCCUCAGCUGGAAGCUUUAGCAGCAGAUCUUUAUGCAUUAUCAAGAUACUUAGAUUCUAAUUCUAAAGCACCAGCACUAGAAUCUCAAGCUGCCAGUUCAUCUGGAUCUGAGCAAGCUGAGGCCCAGGAAAAUGGGACAGAGCUUGAAGAGUCUGAACUUAGGCUCGCCCAGCUUCAACAUCAACUUCCUUCUAAUGAACCUGGUGCAUUAAUGCACCUGGUCGAAGAUGCUCCUGACGAAGAUGAAGAUGAUGAAGAAACAAAGGAGUGUAAAACUCUCUUUAAGAAUAUGAAAUUCUUCUUGAGUCGAGAGGUGAGGUUAAUUAUUUACACAAUUAUACCUGCUUUUGGUGGUGUGGUUUCUUGGGAGGGGGAAGUGUCUCCAUUUAACGAAUCUGACCAGAGCAUUACUCAUCAGAUUGUUGACAGGCCAACACAGGGACAUAGGUUCCUUUCCAGAGAAUAUGUUCAGCCGCAGUGGGUCUACGAUUGUGUAAAUGCACGGAUCAUAUUGCCAGUUGAGGACUAUUUGUGGGGAAGGGUUCCUCCACCACAUUUAUCACCGUUUGUUGACAAUGAGGCAGAAGGUUAUGUUCCUGAGUAUGCAGAGACCAUCAGAAGGUUGCAGGCUGCUGCAAGAAAAGAAGUCCUUCCAAUGCCAGGUCUUGGGAAAGAAGACUUAGACGAUCCCCAAAAUUUACUGGCUGAAGGUAUUAUCAGCCGAACAGAAGCUAUUGAAGCCGCCGAAAGAAAACGGAAGAUGUCAAUUCUUGAGAAGCAGUAUCAUGAUGAAUUAAAGAUGGAACUUCAAGGUGUCCAGUACUCUUCUGUCUCAAAUGCGAAUAAGCAAAACUCUGCCGAGGACAUGGAGGCUGGGGAAAAAUCUCUAUCUGAUUUGCAACAAGUUGAGAAGGAUCAUGCCAAUAUUGAGAAGGUUGUGAUGUCACGUAAAAAGAGGGGACUUCUUGAAGCCAUGAAGAUAGGCCAAGAGGCGAAGCGUGCUCGUGUUGGUCUUCUCAAGGAAAGGAAAAAAAGAAUUGAACCAAAGAAAUCGGAGUAAAUUUGAAGCUAUGCAGAUACCUCGAUGACCUGAGUAUUGUUGCUAAUCUUUACAACACAUGAUAUCUGGUUGAAAGUUGAAAGUGUUGCUUAUUUGUUCUUUUACUUAUUCUUGCUGUACUGUAAAUCAACUGGAACACUGCCAAUUGAGAUUUGUAAUUGGCUAAAAAAUUUUGCUGUUUGAAUCGGUAAUUUUUCAGAUAAAGCGGCCUUUAUUGUCUUCCA